CAUCGACGAGUAUCGGACCACCAUGAAUACUGUCAUUCUCCUCUCCACACUUGUGGCACUCUCCAGCGGCACAUCAGCUGUUCCUGUACCCACUUGUGUACGGGAAGACCUGGAAGAUUUCCUCGAGCUGAUUCCAACCGAUGAUCUAGCCAACCUAGCAUUAGAUUAUUAUCUACACGACAAGGAAGUACGGGAUGCAUUUGCAUACAUGCAGGAUGCAGAGUUUUCUACCGCGUGGGAUCAAUUCUUCGCGCUGGCUGAGGUUAAGGACCUGUUGAACUACUUGGAGGAUGCUGAACUGGACGCGUACGACACUGUGAAUGUCGUAGCCGAUUUUUUGGGGCUAAAUCACGUUAAACCCAAAUAUCACGCUGCUCGAAGAAUGAAAUAUGACGGACUCAGCGGAUUCUUGAAAGAUGCUGUUGAUCUGCUACCAAACGACAAACUGAUGGCUCUGUUCGAGAAGAAGCUCGAGACUAGUUCAGAAUUCAUAGCGUUGUUCGGUAAACUGCAGCGCUUCGAUUUCAGAAGACUGGUUGAACUGCACAAUAAUUCCAAGGAAAUUCAAUCUUUGUUUCAAAAACUCCGUGAGCAUGGUGUUGACGUCGACAAUAUAGUUGAGACUGUCGCUGCAUUUUUCGGAUGGGAUUAUUUGUUCUAAAAUAUUUUCAUCGUUGGUUAGACUAUUUUUAGUUCGUUGAAUGUAAUAUAAAAUUACCAAUUCUGCAGAGGCUCUGCCUUUAUUUACUCAGCAAUUUCAAGCCAAAUCAUCCGAUAGCUGUCUCGACCCUUUUCGAAUUAUUUCAAACUUAAUUUUCAACAACAACUUUGUCAAAAGGAUAACUAAGUCCACGCAACAAACAUCAGCGAUGGAGAUCGAUCAACGAGCGAUAUGGAAAACGAUAAAACGAUAAAACGAUAAACGAUAAUCCACACAACUGCUCUGAUCUGCAAGAAACAUUGGGAUGUUGUUCUAUUAAUAAUACAUCAAUGAUCAUUUCAACUGUCCCCGCUGUCCGGUCUAACUGGACAAUGGAAGAACAGAAGGAAUACCUUUACGCUUAAAUGACUACUGUGUAAUGUACCAUAUGCAAUGGUAUAGAAUGAAUACUCUUCGGAGAAGGCGGGGAAGAAUG